AUGUCACGAGUAAACAAGUGGUUCAAUUAUCCUGCACUGCAAGAUUUUGUAAUUAUUCCUCAUGAUUUUUAUUACUGUAAAGUAUUUAAGGAAUACAUUGAAGCAUUUGAAAGUCAUUUUACUACAGAUUUAAGUGUGUGGUGGUUUUCCAGAAAACAGUUUGCAGUCUUAGUUAUGAAGGCUCAUCAUGUCCUCCUUUUUUUAAGGAUUCUAAUGGUAUUCUUCUGUAUAUGGGUGUUAAUAUGUGGAGCAAUUAUGGCAUCACAUUAUUCAUACGGUAGCCGUGAAUCGUUGAUCAUUGCCAUAAUAUUGGAUGCGUUACUAAUGGUUUUUUGCAUUUUCUUGAUUGUCGAUGUCUUGAAAAGAUAUUAUCUGCAGUUUCCAGUGCUAGUAUACAUAACUCUUAUCGCCGUUAUUAUUGCUGGAAUUGUUUCAUGGAUGAUUACAGCAUCUGCAACAGUUGAUGUAAUGGGCACCGUAACUAUCGGCAAUGCAUGGCACACAGUUACAUGUCUUAUGAUGGAUUCUGUGACUCAGCGGUAUGUAACGGGCUCAGGUCAACUUUUUUAUACUCAAACAUCAUCACAAACACGUACUGGAAGCACAGUAGUAUAA